UUUGAAUAACAUUGUUCUUCAGCUGGUUCUUUGAACUAGCAGGCUCUUACCGUGAGGUUUGAGAAUAAACCCUAUCCACCUCGAUUCAUGAGAACUGUGGAUUAUCUUACCCAAAAUCUGAUACAACUUUGUCAUCGUACUCUCGGGUACAUGACAAUUGGUAUCUAGAGCCGUUUCAGUCCGUACCCUAAUCAUGGUUGAAGAAAUGAAUUUACAGUAAGAAAAAUGGGUACAAAUGAAUAGAAAAUUGGUACCCAUAGUGAAAUUGGAAAGACUAGCAACAGAGGACUUAGAUGCUUGUCGAGGGUGAUAUCGGUUUCACUGGGAAAGGAGUAUAUCUCCAGACCGAGAGAACUCCAUUCGGAGGUGGUCAAAAUUGAAGAACAAGGCAUUGAAGAAGUUGACAUCAAUCAUGUUUAUUAGGUAUACUUCUGCAGCUCAUCAGCCUCCUUGCAAGGUGAAAAUCGCUUCUACAGAUAGUAAGAAAUUUUCAAAAAUGGAGUUGAUUCCUUCUUAUUUCUUUGACGAAGAUGAUGAUUCUCUUGAAUUGGAGUUAAUUCCUCAAUUUUUCUUUGCUGAAGAAGAAGAUGAUGAUUCUAGCAAUUUUGAAUUGCUCAUUAAUUUAUCUGACAAGGUGAAUUUUAAAUCUAAAGAAGUAAUCAGUUCUGAGGUUAAUUGUGAGAAAAUUGAUUGCUCGAAGGAAUUGAUCAUUAGUCACAGUAAACUAUUUCGUAAGAAUUGUUUUACUCCUCUCUUUGAUGAUUCACGUAGCAUAUUUGAUCGUGGUAAGUAUGUAGUGGUACCACCGAAUUGCAUUGGGAAAUUGAUUCUGAGCCUUGGGUUUAAAUCAGGUUUUGGGUUUUUAGAUUUGAUAAUUCCCUUGUGUGUUCAUGAUGCUGACAUUUGUGUUGAUGGAAAGCUGCUUGUUAAGAGGCCUGAAGGUGUAACUUGGAAUUUGGGGAAUGAUAGAGAUGAUUUUCUAUUACAACUUCAACGAGGUUCUGUACUGCUAGAGUAUUCAUUCAUGGAUCAUUCAUGAGCUUCUUCGUGAACAUGGGUUUGAAACUUAUGGCAGAAUUAUGAUUCAAGAGGGAGUUAAGCAGUUCAUUUUGAGUUCUCUGCACACGUAUCAUUGUUCUUGUGGGUUCAGCAUUUUCCAGAAGGGGUUAUCUGUGCAUUAUCUAUUAGCUUCCCCUAAUGUGUAUAGUGGUUGUCUGCUGCCAGUGGGUAUGUUCAUGGGAACUCAGAUCUUAGUGGUAGUAUUUCAGCUUCUUAAAAUGUUGGUAUGGGUAAGAUACUUGAGGUGGAAGUUCAGAUUGUAUCCACCUGUGUUGUGUAGCGUGAGAAACGUUAGCUAAUAUUGUUAUAUCAGUGGGGUACCUUGACAUAAAAUAGAAUUUUAAAAGCCAUUGGUUCUGCGAAGCUGAGGUCCAUAACCAAACUGCAACCAUUCUCAUGAGAUUACCAUUUUGGCACCUUGCUGCUGCAAGUAGACUUUUCAGUAUGAGAAAUGUUACCAGUACUAAGGUUUGUCGUCGUUUGUUGUUUGAUAGAGGAAAUGGUUGGAAUCCAUACUGUCUGGUUCACAUUCCAAUAGCUUUGGAGUUAUUCAUGUUUACAUAGAAGUUGUGUGGAGCAGUAAUGCACAUAGAAGCGUGAAUUCUUCCAUGCUUGGUUUCUUCUCUUUGUGCUAUGCUCAACAUAUAUUGUGGUCUUACUGUCGAUUAUUGUCGAUGGGGUAUCCAUGUAUCCAGUGGGAGCUUUAUGAAAGGAUAAGAGUCAUUUUAUCCAGUCUCAUGAUGAUUCAACAUCCAACUAUACUAUUGUUGUUGAUAUCCUUGAUGUGGGUUUUCUUGAGAUGGGACUUGGCAGCAAAUGGUGCUCAGCUUGCUUGUGUACUAAUGCAGAUUUCAGCUGGGAUCGUUACUACAAUUGUUGUGAAGCUACAGAUUGCUUGCUCUAAUUUUACUGAUACAAACGGGUGGAGGUGUGGAACGCAUAGCAAUUCCAUUGUUGAAGUUAUUCCUGAAUACAACAGGAGCAUGGCCCAUACCGAGGUAUUAACUGAUCCUAUGAGUACAUACCAAGCCAGCAGUGGUGCAAAUGAUAAAGUCGAUUGUCUUUUGGAACAUGGCGCAAUAAAGUCAAGCGCAUUGUAUGAAUGGAUAUUCAUAGGCAACAAUUGGUUGUUGGUCAUGGUUUUGAAGUAUGUAAGAGUUUCAAGGUUAUUCAUUGGCGCUAGGGCUAUUGGGCUUCUCAUGCGUCUUAUAAGGAGCUACCACUACUAUGUCCUCGACCAGUUAUCCUUGUUACUUCUGCAUUUCUCCUGAAGGCAUCACAAGCGAUGAAUAUUUAUCACUUCAGCUAGUUUUCGCGAUUCUCAUCCUUGGGGACAAGGAUGUUUUCACUGGGAGUGGAAUGUCAUGUACAUGGGAGUCCCCAUAUCUUAUUAUAGUAUGUAGUUAGCUUAAUAAGUGUCAAGUAUAACGUGUGGCCUAGAUGUACGCACAUGGGAAAUUAAUGGUCGUAGAUAUUAAGAAGGCAACCCUAGCUAUAUAAGCCAGAGAGAGUGUUGUAAUGAACCUUAAUUGAAUUAUGAAUCUAUUUUGAGUAACAUUGUUCUU